AGAGCAUUAGCAAUCUACCCCUCAUUCAUGUUCCGUGCGGUGCUCUAACACCGUUCUAUCGUUUUUCUGUGUUGAUAUUUCGACACUGUGAAAGUGUCGUCGCGUGUGGUGAAUAUGUCCGGUGACAGGGACUAUAUCGGAUUUGCAACGUUGCCCGAGCAAGUACACAGAAAAUCGGUUAAAAGGGGGUUCGAGUUCACUUUGAUGGUACUGGGAGAGAGCGGCCUUGGGAAAUCCACCCUGAUAAACAGUCUUUUUCUCGGGGAUCUUUACAAAGACCGACGCAUUCCCGACGCCGCAGAACGCAUCGAAAAGACUACGAUGAUAGAGAAGAAAACGAUGGAUAUCGAGGAACGUGGCGUCAGAUUAAGACUAACGAUCGUUGACACGCCAGGAUUCGGCGACGCGGUAAACUGCGAGGACACUUGGAAAACGUGCUCAGCCUACAUAGACGAACAGUUUCGACAGUAUUUUACGGACGAGAGCGGUCUGAACAGGAAGAAUAUCCAAGAUAACCGAGUCCACUGUUGUUUAUACUUCAUUCCUCCUUACGGUCACGGGUGCGACUCGACUUCGACUUCCGUUAUCCCCAAGCGUUUCGCGUUAACACAAUUUUUGCUCCCCUCUUUCUCUUUCUGUUUCUCCCGUAGACUCAGGCAGCUCGAUUUGGAAAUACUGAGACGUUUGCAUCGCAAAGUGAACGUCGUGCCCGUGAUCGCGAAAGCGGACACACUGACCACCUACGAGGUGAAGAAAUUGAAAGACAGAAUCCUCGCCGACAUCGAGGAGCACGAGAUACAGAUAUAUCAAUUUCCGGACUGUGAUAGCGACGAGGACGAGGAAUUCAAGCAACAGGAUAAAGAACUCAAAGCGUGCAUUCCAUUCGCCGUUGUCGGGAGUUCGACGGUGCUCGAAGUGGCGGGAAAGAAGGUCCGCGGUCGUCAAUACCCCUGGGGAGUGGUGGAAGUGGAGAACCCGAAGCACAGUGAUUUCGUCAAACUGAGAACAAUGCUGAUAUCCACGCACAUGCAAGACCUCAAAGACGUCACGCAGGACGUGCAUUACGAAAAUUUUCGGGCCCAAUGCAUUUCCCAAAUCUCACAGCAAGCGAUUCGGGAACGGAGGUAUUUACGCAUCAAACUGAAGAGAGAUUCGGGCCCACAUUUCGAGAACAGUAUAUCCGACACGGAUCGAUUGCUCUUACAGAAGGACGAAGAGAUACGAAGGAUGCAGGAUAUUCUCGCACAAAUGCAAGAGAAAUUGAAAGCCACGGGGCAAGUUGGUCCUGGAAUCGGUCUGAGAGGAAGAGUUGGUAGUUUAGGGAACGAUUUGGACGCCACAGACGUCGAGAAGAAACGCAACAGUAUUAUAGACGUUUAAGUUUUCGAGUAUCACUACGAAUUAGGUGCAUCUUUUAACGGCUGAGUGCAAUUUCUGCACGAGUGAAUCGAUUUGGUUCUACAUGAAUGCGCACAAGAUUGUUAGACAUAUUUAAAGAAGAAAAAAAUACUGAAACCAAAGAGUUGUAUACGCCUCUGUACGUACAAGUGAUUUAUUGUUAGUCGAACUAAUUGUUAGGAGAUCAAUCGCGUUUACGACUCCGGUUUCUUUACGCUAAGUUUCCACUUUUAUAUGUAUGUAUGUAUGUAUGUAUAUAUAUUACUCAACAAGCUAUCGUAUCUCUUCAAACAGUAUUUGAUAUCUCUAAAAAAAACUCGCGUAAACGUUAUACUGUACAUAUAAAGGGUACGAAAAGAGAAAUAGUGGGAACAAAUAAAAGAUUACCAGCGAAGAUAGAAACUUGUGCGUCUUGUUAUUGUUCGAUAUUCGACAGAGGCUCGCAGUGAGGGAUCCCGAUUUUAAGAAGC